AUGUCUACAACAAGCAUAACGUCUACAACAAAAACUACAACAACAAGCACAACAUCUACAACAACGACUACAACAUCAAGCACAACGUCUACAACAAAGACUACGACAACAACUACAACGUCUACGACAACGACUACAACAACAUCAUCAACUUCAAGUAAGUUUUCUUUAGUCUAGAAUUGUUAAUAUUGAGAUUCAAUUCAACAUCUACAUAAAUGGACAAUAGCUACUUGUUUAUAUAUGACCUUUCUGAUUGAAAGAAUACGUUCAGAAACGAUCGAUAGCAGACCUGUACCCAUGUACUGAUGGUUAGAUAAUGUAGAAGAUGAUAUAUCGCCAUUAGUAUAAUUUAUUCAGUUGCUUCUACCAAAAGUAUUUACAUCUUUCAAUUAAUUAGAAAGAUUUUAAAUGAAAAUUGUUCGAAAAAAUUCCUUGUGGUCAUUUAUCACAAUAUCGAAUUAAAAUAUCAAUAACUUCAAUGAAAGAUGCAAUAUAAAAAUGCUCGAGUUUCGAAGUUGAUUCAUAGACAAAAGAAAAGAUGAAAAAAGAAUGGACAAGAGUGCAUUGUUGAAAUUAGAAAAAAAAACGCAUUUGUAAGACUCUUUUAGCGUCCUUUGGAAAUGUGCUUUGGUUAUAAACUCGCUUCGUAGCGUUACUCUGUGAAAAUACAGGAAUAUAUUAAGAUUGUAAGGUAUUAUUUAUAUAGGAUUUUGUUCGAAUAUAUUGAAUAUAUAUAUAGGACGCUAGUUUUGAUUUUUAUACUUUUUUAGACUUGUAAAACGCUGUAACAGUUUUGCAGAUGAGAGACUUUUAUACGUGUGUAUGAUGAGCUAAACCAAAAGCGUCCUCAAGUGUUGGAAAAAAAAUCAUAGAACAGUUUUUUUUUUCUCUAGAAAUAAAAAAACAAGGUUAAUUUAUGUUCGAUUUAUUUUCUACUGUUCUAUACAUAUCACAUAAAUACUAGCAAAACCGAAUUAAAUAAAUAUUCCAAAAAAAAAAAUUGAUUUCUAUUUAUACAACAGCUGCUGUUACAUGUCCUAAUAAAAUAGACUUGUAAUAUCCAGUAACAACUUAUCCUUUAUCGUAAUACUAGAAUUUUACUAAUAAAUCUAAUUGUUUACAAUGUUGAUUGCCGAUUUAUUGGUCGCAACGUAAGACAAAUUUUUCAGUGUGUUUCAACGAUUUAACAAGUUCUUGUAGAAAUCGGAAUCAAGACCAUGAGAUAUAAAAUAUGAAAUAUUUUUUGAAUUGCAUGCUGAAUUCUUGUGCACUUUUCGAAUCAGGAAAUAUAUGACGAAAAACAACACUUCCAAUAUCAUCACACGAAUUGAAGUUAUAAUCACGUUGAACAACUGUCAAAGCUCAAAUUGCUUCAGCUUUGAUGACAUACUCUUGAAUAUCAAAUAUUUUUGGCCGCUUAACUGUGUUAAAUUGUAAGACUUUUUUUGGAAAUGAAUACUGAAUCCAUCGUUCACUAGUCAACGAAUCAAUGUUGAUAUUAUUGAAGCUUGAAUAGAAAUUGCUGAAUUAUUUUUUAAUAAUUAAUUUCAUGUGUUCUAGAUGACCUUUUGGACCUCAUGUGUUGUGAAAUUGCUUCCCAUUCGUAAUCAUAACAAUCAAGAUCAUCAGUUUUACAUAAAAUACAUUGUGUUCAACUCCAUUUCUCUUUCUUUUGCUUUUAUACUGUGUUGUCAGCGAGAUGAAAUGAUAACCGAAUGGAACAAAAGAAUAAUCUCCCUUCGCAAGGAAGCGAAUC